AUGAAGGGACAGAUAGAGGAAGAGCUGAGGCAACUGGAAGAUGAGAUCUCAGCCUGUAAGAGGAAGCACACACACACCAUAUAUUAUAUUGUAUGCCAUCACAACACCGACAAGUCUGACCACACUAAUAGUUGGGUCUCAACUUUCAUCACACUGUUCUUGUACAUCUGGGUCUGGGACUGUCAAAUAAAUAAAUAAAUGUGUGUGUGUGUGUGUACAGCCUUUCCCAGUACAGGCUUCGACUGCGAUACGUCUCCAGUGUUUAGCCCAGCCAACCCAGAGAGCUCCAUCGAGGACUGCCUGGCUGUUCUGGGCGACCGGGUGGCCAGAGACCUGGAGACACACCUGGCAUCUACUGUACACACACUCCUCAGUGCGUGAGUAUCUGUUCUGUAGUGUACACCCAGCAUAACGUUCUCUCUCUGUGUGUGUGUCAGUCGAUGAGCGUCCAGUUGUAGUGUUGUUCACUAUUCACCCUUUUAAAAGUGGUCCUCUGUAGCUCAAUUGGUAGAGCAUGGCGCUUGUAACGCCAGGGUAGUGGGUUCGAUCCCUGGGACCACCCAUACGUAAAAAUGUAUGCACACAUGACUGUAAGUCGCUUUGGAUAAAAGCGUCUGCUAAAUGGCAUAUUAUUAUUUAUUAUUAUAAAAGAGAGCAAAUUAGUCAACUCAGUGUAUGCCUGAGUUGACCAUUUUGGUUGGGAAAAGGCAUACGUUUCAGUACCUUCCAGUCCUUGAAAUACGGUCAUCACAGCAGUGCCUGGCUGGCUCACCUGUACUGUAGGCCUGAAGUCAAACUCAAGGUUGAUUUGUGUUUCAUACUGCCGUAGGGCAAGUGUUCCUGUGUAGAAAGUUCAGAACAGCACACAGACCUUGUGAAAGGUUGUAUUGCAUGAAUAAUUCUAGGUCUAUUUUUAAUCUGCGCUUUUUAAUGAUGAAAUUAGAUUCCAAGAAUCCCUAACAUAGGUUUAGUAAAUGGCACCCAACCAUCAGAUAGGCUAGGUUACAAUUCAUUUUCUCAAGUUACAGAAAUACAAGGACAUUACUCAUAUAUCACGUAGGCUAGGUGUGUGUCUAAUCUAAGUUAACCAUAUUUAUAAACCAGCUCUCUGUGGUACAUGCAUUUCAAUUUCUCAAGUUACUUUCAAGGUCACUGGUGAAUGAUCACUGAGGGGUGUUUGUGUGCGUGCAGGUUGUGAACUUGUAUAAACCAACCCUGUUAUGUUUCCAGCCUGAGCCCCUGUGUGUUUGUUUGGCAGCCCGCUGGACUACGAGCGUUUCAGAGAAGCAGCACAAGACGUCUCCUGCCACACGCAGAGUGGCUGGAGCAAGGUGAGAGAUCUCUACUGUUCACCUGCAGUUACUGACUCAGACUGACAACCUAUUAGGUCUAGCUCAGAAACAACCCAUACGAUUUUCCCCUAGCUCUUAGGCCUAUGGCAUUUGCCGAUCUGAAGAAUCUGAUAGGUGUAAACAUUAUGGUGGAAGCUUCCCUUAGUCUGUUUGAAAGGCCUGGUGGAACCAUCAUCAUUUUGCUUCUACCCGUCAUGGUUCCUUUUGGACAGUGUCUUGAACUGGACACUGCCUUCCCUGUCCCCAGGUGCUGGUGCCAUUGGUGCUGCUGCAGGCCCUCCAGGGAGAAGGACAGAUCCUGGCCCACCUGCUACCUCUGGGGGUCCGUUUCCUGGAGGAGGCUGAGGCAGACUACAUCAUCCAGCAGGGAGGAUGGGUGAGUGGACACUGUACAAGGGGAGGGGUGGUACAUAUUGGGUGGAUGGGACAGGGGACUGGCCAAAAAUGAACCACUUAUUAAUUUCUCAUACGAAGUUCAAGCAGAUAAAUGUUUCAGCCUUGACCUGUUGGCUGCUGUACACGGUAUAGCCAGGGGAGGGCGCCAGAUAUCCACUGUACAUGGUUGGCUAUAAGGGAAUUUGUCAUUGUUGGUAAUGAAUUUUGAUAAACCAGAACAUAAAGAUAAAACAUAAGUGCAUAAUAUGUUAACGUGGAUGCUGUUGUAGGUAAAUAGUUGUUGUAAGGGUGCUUGGUUUAUCACCCUUCUACACUGAACAAAAAUAUAUAUGGAACAUGCAAAGUGUUGGUCCCACGUUUCAUGAGCUGAAAUAAAAGAUCCCAGAAAAAAGGUUGGCACAAAUAGGUUAUUUCUCUCUAAUUUUGUGCACAAAUGUGUUUACAUCCCUGUUAGUAAGCAUUUCUCCUUUGCCAAGAUAAUCCAUCCACCUGACAGGUGUGGCAUAUCAAGAAGCUGAUUAAACAGCAUGAUCAUUACACAGGUGCACCUUGUGCUGGGGACAAAAGGCCACUCUAAAAUGUGCAGUUUUGUCACACAAUGCCACAGAUGUCAGGUUUUGAGGGAGCGUGUAAUUGACAUGCUGACUGCAGGAAUGUCCACCAGAGCUGUUGCCAGAUAAUUUAAUGUUAAUUUCUCUACCAUAAGCCGCCUCCAAUGUAUUUUUAGAGAAUUUGGCAAUACGUCAAACCGGCCUCACAGACCAUGCCAGCCUAGGACAUCCACAUCCGGCUUCUUCACCUGCGGGAUCGUCUGAGACCAGCCACCUGGACAGCUGACGAAACUGUGGGUUUGCACAACCGAAGAAUUUCUGCACAAACUGUCAGAAACUGUCCUGGGGAAGCUCAUCUGCGUGCUCGUCGUCCUCACUAGGAUCUUGACUUGAAUGCAGUUCGGCGUCGUAACCGACUUCAGUGGGCAGAUGCUCACCUUUGAAGGCCACUGGCACGCUGGAGAAGUGUGCUCUUCAUGGAUGAAUCCCGGUUUCAACUGUACAGGGCAGAUGGCAGACAGCGUAUAUGGCAUCGUGUGGGCGAGCGGUUUGCUGACGUCAACGUUGUGAACAGAGUGCCCCGUGGUGGCGGUGGGGUUAUGGUAUGGGCAGACAACGAACACAAUUGCAUUUUAUCAAUGGCAAUUUGACUGCAUAGAGAUACCGUGACGAUAUCCUGAGGACAUUGUCGUGCCAUUCAUCUGCCACCAUCACCUCAUGUUUCAGCAUGAUAAUGUGGUCCUCUGUAGCUCAGCUGGUAGAGCACGGCGCUUGUAACGCUAAGGUAGUGGGUUCGAUCCCCGGGACCACCCAUACACAAAAAUGUAUGCACGCAUGACUGUAAGUCGCUUUGGAUAAAAGCGUCUGCUAAAUGGCAUAUUAUUUAGUAUUAUUAUAAUGCAUGGCCGCAUGUCGCAAGGAUCUGUACACAAUUCCUGGAAGCUGAAAAUGUCCCAGUUCUUCCAUGGCCUGCAUACUCACCAGACAUGUCACCCAUUGAGCAUGUUUGGGAUGCUCUGGAUCGACGUGUACGACAGCGUGUUCCAGUUCCCACCAAUAUCCAGCAACUUCGCACAGCCAUUGAAGAGGAGUGGGACAACAUUCCACUGGCCUCAAUCAACAGCCUGAUCAACUCUAUGUGAAGGAGAUGUUGCGCUGCAUUAGGCAAAUGGUGGUCACCAGAUACUGACUGGUUUUCUGAUCCACGCCCCUAUUUUUGUUGUUGGGGUAUCUGUGACCAACAGAUGCAAAUCUGUAUUCCCAGUCAUGUGAAAUCCAUAGUUUAGGGCCUAAUUUAUUUAUUUAAAUUUACUGAUUUCCUUAUAUGAACUGUAACUGAGUAAAAUCUUUGAAAUUGUUGCAUGUUGCUUUUUAUAUUUUUGUUCAGUGUAGCUUAACACCUGUCCUCUAAUCCACCCAGCAUUUAAUACACCCGGGACUCAUUUAAAACCCCAGCAAUCCUAAAUGAACCUAGUUUAAGUGAAAUGUAGUCUAAAUAUGCAGCAUUUACACAGGCAGCCCAAAUCUCAUCUUUUGCCUAGUUCUGGGCAAGAGAUCUUAACUGAUUCUUCAAAAUACCAAUAAUAAUUGCUGCCUGUGUAAAUGCAUCCCUAUUUCCUAACUUAUGUAAAGUGGAACUGAUAGAAGGGUCGUUCCAUUUGAUUUCAAUCACUUUUUGACAGCUUUUAGAUUUUGAAUGAAACAGUCAAUACAUAUUCACCCAUGGUAGAAGUGGUCUGAUUUUUUUUUUUACCUGAAUGCCAAAACAUUUAGGAGAUGGAGGUUCUCGAAGUUGACCCAUUUUGCAUACCCUACCAUGAGACAUGUCUUCAUCACUGGAAAAGAUACAGUUGAGUUGUAUAAUUUUUAAAAGUUUACAAACAGGGUUGUCAAAUUGUCAUUAUCUAAAAAUGUCAAAUCUGAUGUUUUUUAUUUUUUGUCUUGUACCCGUCAUCAGUUGUUUUAACUGCUGUUCAGCAUGCUCUUGAAAACAGGGUGGGUGUCAUGUUGAGGGGCCCCCUCAACACGGGGGCCCCUCAGGGGUGCGUGCUCAGUCCCCUUCUGAACUCCCUGUUCACCCAUGACUGCAUGGCCAGGCACCAACACCAUCAUUAAGUUUGCCGACGACACAACAGUGGUAGGCCUGAUCACCGACAACGAUGAGACAGCCUAUAGGGAGGAGGUCAGAGACCUGGCCGUGUGGUGCCAGGAUAACAACCUCCCCCUCAACAUGACCAAGACAAAGGAGAUGAUUGUGGACUACAGGAACAAAAAGAAGACUGAGCACGCCCCCAUUCUAGCCCCCAUUCUCAUCGACGGGGCUGUAGUGGAACAGGUUGAGAGCUUCAAGUUCCUUGGUGUCCACAUCAUCAACGAACUAUCAUGGUCCAAACACACCAAGACCGUCGUGAAGAGGGCACGACAAAGCCUAUUCCCCCUCAGGAGACUGAAAAGAUUUGGCAUGGGUCCUCAGAUCCUCAAAAAGUUCUACAGCUACACCAUCGAGAGCAUCCUGACUGGUUGCAUCACCGCCUGGUAUGGCAACUGCUUGGCCUCCGACCGCAAGGCACUACAGAGGGUAGUGCGUACGGCCCAGUACAUCACUGGGGCCAAGCUUCCUGCCAUCCAGGACCUCUAUACCAGGCGGUGUCAGAGGAAGGCCCUCAAAAUUGUCAAAGACUCCAGCCACCCUAGUCAUAGACUGUUCUCUCUGCUACCGCACGGCAAGCGGUACCGGAGUGCCAAGUCUAGGUCCAAAAGACUUCUCAACAGCUUCUACCCCCAAGCCAUAAGACUCCUGAACAGCUAAUCAUGGCUACCUGGACUAUUUGCACUGCCCCCCCCACCCCAUCUUUUUACGCUGCUGCUACUCUGUUAAUUAUUUAUGCAUAGUCACUUUAACUCUACCCACAUGUACAUAUUACUUAAACUACCUCAACUAGCCGGUGCCCCCGCACAUUGACUCUGUACCGGUACCCCCCUGUAUAUAUAGCCUCCCUACUGUUAUUUUAUUUUACUUCUGCUCUUUUUUUCUCAACACUUUUUUGUUGUUUUAGUUUACUUUUUUAUUAAAAAUAAAUGCACUGUUGGUUAAGGGCUGUAAGUAAGCAUUUCACUGUAAUGUCUGCACCUGUUGUAUUCGGCGCAUGUGGCCAAUAAAAUUUGAUUUGAUUUUGGCAGAAAUGUACAACAAUUUGAAUAAUUGAAAUGUCCAUUUUUCAAAUGGUAGCACAAAGAUUGUUGGAGUUCCACACAUCAGAGAAUGUUGACAGAAUGGGGAUAUCAGUUUUUAAAUUAUUCUGUAAAUCUUCCAUAGGAAAUCUAUUGAAAUCCUAGAAGUAUAGAUAGAAUAUACAGUGGGGGAAAAAAGUAUUUAGUCAGCCACCAAUUGUGCAAGUUCUCCCACUUAAAAAGAUGAGAGAGGCCUGUCAUUUUCAUCAUAGGUAAACGUCAACUAUGACAGACAAAAUGAGGGAAAAAAAUCCAGAAAAUCACAUUGUAGGAUUUUUAAUGAAUAUAUUUGCAAAUUAUGGUGGAAAAUAAGUAUUUGGUCAAUAACAAAAGUUUCUCAAUACUUUGUUAUAUACCCUUUGUUGGCAAUGACACAGGUCAAACGUUUUCUGUAAGUCUUCACAAGGUUUUCACACACUGUUGCUGGUAUUUUGGCCCAUUCCUCCAUGCAGAUCUCCUCUAGAGCAGUGAUGUUUUGGGGCUGUCGCUGGGCAACACGGACUUUCAACUCCCUCCAAAGAUUUUCUAUGGGGUUGAGAUCUGGAGACUGGCUAGGCCACUUCAGGACCUUGAAAUGCUUCUUACGAAGCCAAUCCUUCGUUGCCCGGGCGGUGUGUUUGGGAUCAUUGUCAUGCUGAAAGACCCAGCCACGUUUCAUCUUCAAUGCCCUUGCUGAUGGAAGGAGGUUUUCACUCAAAAUCUCACGAUACAUGGCCCCAUUCAUUCUUUCCUUUACACGGAUCAGUCAUCCUGGUCCCUUUGCAGAAAAACAACCCCAAAGCAUGAUGUUUCCACCCCCAUGCUUCACAGUAGGUAUGGUGUUCUUUGGAUGCAACUCAGUAUUCUUUGUCCUCCAAACACGACGAGUUGAGUUUUUACCAAAAAGUUCUAUUUUGGUUUCAUCUGACCAUAUGACAUUCUCCCAAUCCUCUUCUGGAUCAUCCAAAUGCACUCUAGCAAACUUCAGACAGGCCUGGACAUGUACUGGCUUAAGCAGGGGGACACGUCUGGCACUGCAGUAUUUGAGUCCCUGGCGGCGUAGUGUGUUACUGAUGGUAGGCUUUGUUACUUUGGUCCCAGCUCUCUGCAGGUCAUUCACUAGGUCCCCCCGUGUGGUUCUGGGAUUUUUGCUCACCGUUCUUGUGAUCAUUUUGACCCCACGGGGUGAGAUCUUGCGUGGAGCCCCAGAUCGAGGGAGAUUAUCAGUGGUCUUGUAUGUCUUCCAUUUCCUAAUAAUUGCUCCCACAGUUGAUUUCUUCAAACCAAGCUGCUUACCUAUUGCAGAUUCAGUCUUCCCAGCCUGGUGCAGGUCUACAAUUUUGUUUCUGGUGUCCUUUGACAGUUCUUUGGUCUUGGCCAUAGUGGAGUUUGGAGUGUGACUGUUUGAGGUUGUGGACAGGUGUCUUUUAUACUGAUAACAAGUUCAAACAGGUGCCAUUAAUACAGGUAACGAGUGGAGGACAGAGGAGCCUCUUAAAGAAGAAGUUACAGGUCUGUGAGAGCCAGAAAUCUUGCUUGUUUGUAGGUGACCAAAUACUUAUUUUCUACCAUAAUUUGCAAAUAAAUUCAUAAAAUAUCCUACAAUGUGAUUUUCUGAAUUUUUUUUUCUCAAUUUGUCUGUCAUAGUUGACGUGUACCUAUGAUGAAAAUUACAGGCCUCUCUCAUCUUUUUAAGUGGGAGAACUUGCACAAUUGGUGGCUGACUAAAUACUUUUUUUCCCCACUGUACAUUCCCAUUUAAGUUGACAUUCGAUGGUGGGUGGACCGGCGGCCAUCUUUGUGGUAGUAAUCGGAAGUUAACAUUUCAUUAAAGAAUGUAUGAUGUGCCAGCUAAAUUGCUAUGGUCUGAAAGGAUAUGGCUAGUCUAUGAAUUAUAUUUCUAUGAUUUAAAAUGCCACCCACCCUGCAUUCAAGGGUAUGCUGUGUCUCAACAGAUGGCGGGCACAACACAAACACCUCAGAUGACGUGAAAUAGGGUCAAAGCUACAACAUAUGGGGAAAAAGAUUUUAGAUAGACGUAAAAAAAAGUAGUAGUUUGACAACCUUGUUUGUGAACUUUUUAAGUGAUUUCAAACUCAACCGUUUUGUAUUUUCCAGUGAGGAAAACAUGGAUGUCUCAUGGUAGGGUGAGGUAUGAAAAAUGGGUCAACUUUGAGCACCUCUAUCUCCUAAAUGUUUUGGCAUUCAGUUCCAAAAACUCUGUUUCUGACCACUUCUACCAUGGGCAAAUGCACUGCAUGGCUAAAAGGAUGUGGACACCCCUUCAAAUUAGUGGAUUCGGCUGUUUCAGCCACACCUUUUGCUGACAUAUGAAAUCAAGCACACAGCCAUGCAAUCUCCAUAGACAAACAUUGGCAGUAGAAUGGCCCGUACUGAAGAGCUCCAUGACUUUCAACGUGACACUGUCAUAGGAUCCCACCUUUCCAACAAGUCAGUAAGUCAAAUUUCUGGCUUGCUAGCGCUGCCCCAGUCAACUGUAAGUGCUGUUAUUGUGAAGUGGAAACGUCUAGGAGCAACAGCGGUUCAGCCGCGAAGUGGUAGGCACACAAGCUCACAGAACGGGACUGCUGAAGCACGUAAAAGUAGUCUGUCCUCGGUUGCAACACUCACUACCGAGUUGCAAACUGCCUCUGGAAGCAACGUUGGCACUGUUCGUCGGGAACUUCGUAAAAUGGGUUUCCAUGGCCGAGCAGCCGCACACAAGCCUAAAAUCAACAUGCGCAAUCCCAAGCGUCUGCUGGAGUGGUGUAAAGCUCGCCACCAUUGGAUUCUGGAGUGAUGAAUCACACUUCACCUUCUGGCAGUCCGAUGGACGAAUCUGGGUUUGGCGGAUGCCAGGAGAAUACUACCUGCCUGACUGCAUAGUGGUGCACGACUGCAAUAAUGGUCUGGGGCUGUUUUUCAUGAUUCGGGCUAGGCCCCUUAGUUCCAGUGAAGGGAAAUCUUAACGCUACAGCAUACGAUUCUGUGCUUCCAACUUUGUGGCAACAGUUUGGGGAAGGCCCUAUGCUAUUUUAGCAUGACAAUAUCCCCGUGCACAAAGCGAGGUCCAUACAGAAAUGGUUUGUUGAGAUUGGUGUGGAAGAACUUGACUGGCCUGCACAGAGCCCUGACCUUAACCCCAUCGAUCACCUUUGGGAUGAAUUGGAAUGCAGACUGCGAGCCAAGCCUAAUCGCCAAACAUUAGUGCCCAACCUCACUAAUGCUCUUGUGGCUGAAUGGAAGCAAGUCCCCGCAGCAAUGUUCCAACAUCUAGUGGAAUGCCUUCCCAGAAGAUUGGAGGCUAUCGCAGCAAAGAGGGGACCAACUCUAUAUUAAUACUCAUGAUUUUGGAAUGAGAUGUUCAAGCAGGUGUCCACAUACUUUUGGCUAUGUAGUGUAUGUAUGGAAAGUUUUGUUCAAAUCAAAAGGGGUGCGGUCAAAAAGUGAUUGAAAUCAAAUGGAACAACCCAGAAGUCUGGACAGUCCUGUAGAAAAAGUGGUUCUGCUGUCAAUACAAAUAGCUGUGUGUGAUCAUUACUAGGGCUGUGACAGUCAUGGAAUCAGCCAAAUGAAUGCGGUCAACGUUAUGUGUAUGAAUAACACUUUAUGUUAUUCUCACACACACAGGGCAGUUGAGUCGGUAGGCUAAGGUAGUACUUUAUUAUCUUAGCCAACUACAAUACCGAAUCAACUCUGCUCAGAAAAUAAACAUUCACUAAAACACCUUGUGAUGUCGCAGAUGACUUGACUGCAUGGCAGCAUUUUCAGUCGGAGUAAUGACUUGUCUGGAGAAAUGCAUUGUUUUCUGUUAAUCCAAUGUAAUUGUGUGUUAGGCCGCCUUACUUGCUGACUGAGGUCUAAGGGCUCACACAUCAAUAGCGUUUGCUGGCCGAGAGUACUUAGCACCUCUGAACGUAAUUUGCAAACCGAGUGCGCACCGAUUUUACAUGUAGAAUGGCUUUAAAAAUGUCGGACGUCAACAGCGGGUGGUCCCUAAAACACAGCGCGCUGAACGAUCGACAGAUGAACGCUAGAUCCACAUUCCGUGCGACGUGUGCGAGCCUUUAAGAAACCCUUAUAGCGUGUGCCAGAGUCUUGUGUGGCAUUCAAAGCUCCCGACUCCAGACCACAUCCCCCAGGCGACGGGGGUUCGAGUAGUCUCGACUGCUUUCCUAUCUAGCCCCUCUAUGACUUCCUGUUGUACUGUCAACAAUAAUAAAAUACGUGUGAGUCAUAAUUCCGAUCUCCCUUUAAAAAAAACAAUGGCUAUAGUCUGGCGCAGUACUAACGAUCUAGACUCCGGACCACGCAUGCCCCCAUGGCAACAGGGGUUCGAGGCCCAUCUUGGCUACUGUCUUCUGCCCUACUACUGUCUCUACACCCCCUCUUUAUUCCCCGAUGUCCUAUCAUAAACAAUACAAAUACCUAAGGUUGGUAAAUCCAAUCUCUUUUAAGAAGAAAAAAAUAGAAUAAAUCCUCAUAGAAAUCAUUUUAACAUAAUUAAUAUCAGGAAGAAGGAAAGAAAAUCUGGGCUUUUACCAAUAUUUUUUGUUUAUCUAUUGUGGAGGCCUGAGCUUGUGUUGUCUUAAAGUAGAGCACUGCUGCGCCACAGAUGGCUUUGUUGACCGCCAUGAAUGAGGGCGCCGUGGCAAGGUCACAUGACCUGAUGAUAAACUGCUAGGGUAGCCAUUGUCUCUGGUUUACCUAUGGGUUCAGUCCCUUGGCUACUCUAACACGGCCACAUUCCCACUACAUGUAUGGACAGCAGGUAGCCUACCUAGCAGUUAAGAACAUUGGGCCAGUAACUGAAAGGUCACUGGUUCGAAUCCCUGAGCCAACUAGGUGAUCCUUUGAGCAAGGCACUUAACCCUAAUUGCUCCUGUAAGUUGUUCUGGAUAAGAGCGUCUGCUAAAUGACUAAAAUGUAAAAUGUUACGUCAGGGAUGGACCAUAGGCUGGGACAGCAGGGGAGGGGAGAGUAAGGGAGAGAGUGAGUGAAAAAGAGAGGGAGGGGUGGGGGUUGGAAUGACACGCCAGUGAGAACUACUGUGCAGCGCAGUUAAAGCUCCAUUACUGUGACAGCGGUGUGUGGGUCCACUUCUCUACAGCUGGGUCCUCCCUUCUUUCUCUCCACUCCUCUCUCUCGCUCUCUCUUUUGGACUCUUUCUGCGCUUCUGCCGUGCUCAGGGAAGCACAGUCCGUGUGUAGUCGCUGGGUGAGCCGAGUCACUUUCAGGUAGGACAUUUAUCUUAUGGUUUUUGGUGGUACGUGUGUUGGUGCGUGUUUGUAUAGGGGACUGUGUGAGAACAUUGAUCACAGUAAGAGGUGGUCGGGGGGGGAUUGAUGAACUCUGGACCGCAGGGAAGGGCUUGCGUCUCCGGAUCUGGUUUACGGCUCAUUUGACCGUGAAGGGUGUGUGGACAUCGGAGUUGACAUUUUGAGCACAGUGCCUAGAACACGAGAACCAUCCACGGUCCUCUAUGACGGAGUACUUGGAACAGAAAGUGCUGAAAACGCACAGAAUGAUGAUUUUCCCUCCAUCUAUCUUGCACCUUUUUAUAACCCAGUGGAAAUCAUCUCUAUCUCACAAACCUCUUGAGUCUUAUUGAGCGAUUGAUUGGUCGAAGUAAUCACUAAGUCUGAUUGGAGGCAGAUUUGAUUUAGAGGACAGGGGUACGUCGUGCCCUCCUUGUGACAGUUGUCCCUCCUGCUGUGUUUGGUGGCGCUGACCUUGGCCAUGCCUUUUGUUUAAUUACAUGAGGAAACAAAAAGGAUUAUGUUGUGUUCACUUCAUUGGGCGACAACAACAUCAGCAUCUCAUAAAUCUGACCCAGCCAGGUGGCCAUGGGAGGGGGAGGGGAAGAUGAUGAGUAAGCAAGGGAAAUGCAAUACACUAGGGAAACAAAAAGGAGGACCAAGGCACUCUUCAUAUAAUUAAUAAAAAUCCCUUUAUUUGUAUGGCAUGUUCAAUAGAAACAAGGUUUUAAAAAAAUCUGACGCGUUUCGGCUGCAUGGCCUUCGUCAGGGAGACACUAGGGAGACAUUUUGAAUAAGGACAGCUUCCAACACAAAAUGGACUAGCAUGGGUAUGACUGCAUUUGAAGCUGUUCCCUAUGAAGGGUUCGGGUCUGGGACAUACUGUAACUAUGUGUGAGAGAUGAAUACCCUAUGUAGCUAGUCAAAGAGUGAGGGGGUGUUUCUGUAUUUAACUUGGCUGUUGGAAAGGUCGCUAUCUGAACUUUGCCCUUGAGAACCCCCCCUACACCUUCCCUCUCUCACCCCCGUCUCUCGCUUCUGUCUGACACUAUCCUGUUCUUCUGACAGCACUAACUGCUGUCCUUCAGCGGACAAUGAAAACUGCUGUGUGUGUUCUGACGGGGCACUUCAGCCAUGUUGUAUUACAUACCUUGUCAUCGGUGUAAUACAACUCCUGUCACUAGGAAGUGACAGGACAAAAAAUGGUUGUCCGGGGGGCUAAUAUGUUCAGACAAUGAAUGCAGUAAUAUUAAAGUUUUUUAUUUUGGUGUGUCCACCUCAGAAACUGCUCAUGUGACUAGUAUGACAAGUUUCCUUAUAUUGCUCACUCAAAUAGUGCUUGACACCUUAGUUGCAGCGCACAAUCGUAAAGUUGCUUGCCAAAAGGGCACAAACUGGGCAGCUCAGUCAGGCUAAAGCCCAUAUACUUUCGCAUUUUACUGUUUGAUGUCGGUAAGAAUUUGCAUAGAAACAAACGGGCACAAAUCAUAUUUGGGAGUAGGGUUGCAAAAUUCCGGUAACUUUCCCCAAAUGUCCUGGUUUUCAGGAGGAAAUAAGCAGGAAAUCCAGAAUACUCCAACCAGGAUUUCUGGAAAGCAGGGCAAUUUAAGGAAAGUCAUUUUGUAAUCCUAUUCGGGGGGUGGGUGCUGAGAGCGUUCUGGUCUUAGUCGGGACACGUCAGGCUGCACAGCCCUCUGCCAUGUUAUGUAAGAGACGAUUCUCUUCUGUUGUGUUUGAAUGCUGCGUGCAUCUCUUCGUCCUGCGGUGACGGGCUGUGCGGCAGUGCAGAGGAAGCCCAGAAAUAAACCUAAUAUAUUCUCAGAAAUAUCUCCAGAGGCCAGACUGGCCUACUUAUAGCCUCCCAGAGCAGUGCCACCUCUGCCCCCUGCUAACGGCUAAACCCAGAUCAGAUCCCCCACUGGAGGACAGAGACGGUUACAAUACCAUCCCUGCUGUGGUGUCACUGCUAAUGGCUGAAACCAGGUCAGUGUCUAUGGCUGCUGUCUGAUGCAACCUGCGUCACAUACACUGAUUAUAGAGAGAGCAACACAACCUUUGAUGCUGGACAACUUUUGGACGCCUGGUCUCAAGGACCUCUAUCGGAUGCUCCAGGGCCAAGCACAGUCCCGCUAUCUGGCCAUUACCAGGCUGUUGUUAAAGCCCUAUUUGUAGAUUAGAGAAGCGGGUCAAUGAGUGCUGAGUUAAUUUAGUUGGAGAUGAGUAGUCAUUCAUCAAUGUGGCUGUCUCCAUUAGGCCAGCUGCUUCACAUUAACCCUCCUGAAUGGCUUGCAUCCUGGAUAAACCUGGGGUUAUAGGCCUACACUCAGCUGUAGCCCCGGUAUUUACUCUGAAGAAGAACUCCUCAUUCUCUGCCAAUCUAACACAAGAAAGGAGGCCAUGCCUCUCUUGGGGGGGGGGGUAACUGGAUCCUUUUUAUACAUUUUUAAUGAAAGCUACAUUUAAAGGAUGUCUUACUCCUUUAGGUUAGAAUUGCUUUGUUGUUCUUUAGCAGUAGUGGAUUAAUUGGAUGAGGGAGGAAAUGGGGGAAUCCUGACUGGGAGAUCUUAUGUCACUGACAACUGUCUCAACACAGGAUUUGGUCCUCAUGGAUCCUGCACGUCUCUCAGCGACCAUAUUGGUUAAUCCGUUGAUUAGUGAAUGGCCAUUGUGUUACUGUGUGCCAUUGUCACUCCAGGCAGUGAGGCACUCUUGUCAAUGCCUCAGUCGGCACCUCAUCACACGGCACUAAUUGAGAGGUAUUGUUUGGAUGGGGCCUUCGGGCUGAAACACUCACUACUAUGGCGAUUUGAUUUAUUAGGAUCCCCAUUAGCCGACGCCAAUGGCGACAGCUAGUCUUACUGGGGUCCGACACAUAACGAAAAAUACAUUACAGACAAGACUUUUACACUUAUAUUUUAAACACAUUAACAUGGUGUGUGUGUGUGCAUAUCUGUUACACAUGUCAGUACAUACACACAACAAGUAUGUCACAUGGGGGAGAGGCAUUGUGCUGUGAGGUGUUGCUUUAUAUAUUUUUUAAACCAAGUUUGCUGUUAAUUUGCGCAAUAUAAGAUGGGUGUUCCAUGCACUCAUGUCUCUGUAUAAUACUUUACGUUUCCUUGAAUUUGUUCUGGACCUGGAGACUGUGAAAAUACACCUGGUGGCAUUUCUGAUGGGGUAAGUGUGUGUGUCAGUGCUGUGUGUAAGUUGACUAUGCAAACAAUUUGGAAUUUCCAACACAUUAAUGUUUCUUAUAAAAACAAGUGACAGUCAGUCUUUCCUCAACUCUUAGGCAAGAGAGACUGGCAUGCAUAGUAUUAAUAUUAGCCCUCUGAUUACAAUGAAGAGCAAGACGUGCGGCUCUGUUCUGGGCCAGCUGCAGCUUAACUAGGUAUUUCUUUGCAGCACUUAACCAUAUGACAUGACAAUAAUCAAGAGGUUAAAUCUAGAGCCUGCAGGACUUACUUUGUGUGGUGUCAAAAAAGCAGAGCAUCUCUUUAUUACAGACAGACCUCUCCCCAUCUUUACAACCAUUGAAUCUAUAUGUUUUGACCAUGACAGUUUACAAUCUAAGGUAACACCAAGUAAUUUAGUCUCCACAACUUGUUCAACAACCACACCAUUCAUUACCAGAUUCAGCUGAGGUCUAGAAUUUAGGGAAUGAUUUGUACCAAAUACAAUGCUCUUAGUUUUAGAGAUGUUCAGGACCAGUUUAUUACUGGCCAUCCAUUCCGAAACAGACUGCAAUUCUUUAAGGGUUUCAGUGACUUCAUUAGCUGUGAUUGUUGAUGCGUAUAUGGUUGAAUCAUCAGCAUACAUAAACACACAUGGUUUGUUUAAUGCCAGUGAUAAAGUCAUUGGUAAAAAUAGAAGAGAUUAGAGGGCCUAGAGAGCUGCCCUGCGGGACACCACACUUUACAUGUUUGACAUUAGAGAAGCUUCCAUUAAAGAAAACCCUCUGAGUUCUAUUAGAUAGAUGGCUCUGAAUCCAUGAUAUGGCAGAGGUUGAAAAGCCAUAACACAAGUUUUAUCAACAACAGGUUAUGGUCAAUAAUAUCAAAGGCUGCACUGAAAUCUAACAGUACAGCUCCCACAAUCUUCUUAUCAAUUUCUUUCAACCAAUCAUCAGUCAUUUGUGUCAAUGCAGUACAUGUUGAGUGCCCUUCUCUAUAAGCAUGCUGAAAGUGUUCAUUUGUUUACAGAGAAAUAGCAUUGUAUUUGGUCAAACACCAUUUUCAGGCAGCAAGCUGAUAGGUCUGCUGUUAGAACCAGUAAAGGCCGCUUUACCACUCUUGGGUAGCGAAAUUACUUUGGUUUCCCUCCAGGCCUGAGGACAAAGACUUUCCUCUAGGCUCAGAUUAAAGAAAUGACAGGUAGGAGUGGCUAUAGAGUCAGCUACCAUCCUCAGUAGCUUUCCAUCUAAGUUGUCAAUGCCAGGAGGUUUGUCAUUAUUGAUCGAUGACAAUAUUUCCACCUCUCCCACACUAACUUUACAAAAUUCAAACUUACAAUGCUUUUCUUUCAUUUUUUUUUUUUAUGCAUGAGUACGAUGGCUCACUGUUUGUUGUUGCCGUUUCCUGCCUAAGUUUACCCACUUUGCUAAUAAAGUAAUUAUAAAAAUAAUUGGCAUCAUCAUGGUUUUGUGAUCAAUAAGCCAUCUGAUUCAAUGAAAGAUGGAGUUGAAUUUGUCUUUCUGCCCAAAAUGUAAUUUAAAGUACUCAAGUUUUUCCCAUUCUUUAUAUAAUUGAUCUCCGCUUCAUAAUACAGUUUCUUUUUUUGUUGUUGAGUUUAGUCACGUAAUUUCUGUUUGCAUUAAGUCAGCCAGUCAGAUGUGCAGCCAGACUUAUUAGCCACUCCUUUUGCUCCAUCUCUUUCAACCAUACAGUUUUUCAAUUUCUCAUCAAUCCAUGGAGCCUUAACAGUUCUAACAAAAUAUUUUUUUAUUUAUUUUAGGCCCAGCUUUUGGAACUUUGGAUUUCCUGGAUAUAGCCACUAUAUUGUGAUCACUGCAGCCAAUGGGUGCGGAUACAGCUUUAGGACAAAGUUCUACAGUAUUAGUAAAAAUGUGAUCAAUACAUGUAGAUGAUCUUGUUCCUGUAGUGUCUGUAAAUACCUGAACCAGAUUACAGGCACUGGUUACAGUGAGAAGCUACCUCUUGAGCGGACAGGUUGAUAAAAACCGGUCAAUUAUCAGGUCCCCAAGAAAGUAGACCUCUCUGUUUACAUCACAUACACUAUCAAGCAUUUCACACACAUUAUUUAGAUACUGACUGUUAGCACUUGGUGGCCUAUAGCAACAUCCCAAAAGAAAAGGCUUUAGAUGUGCCAGGUUAACCUGCAACCACAAUACUUCAAUAACACUUGACAUAAGAUCUCCUCUAAGCAUUACAGGGAUAUGGCUCUGAAUAAAUAUAUAUAUAUAUAUAUAUAUAUAUAUAUAUAUAUCUCAACACCUCCCUCUUAAGCAUUCCUGUCUCUUCUAUAGAUGUUAUAUCCUUGUAUUGCUACUGCUGUAUCAUCAAAUUAAUUAUCUAAGUGAGUCUCAAAUGCAAGUUAUUGAUUUCAUGAACCUUAUUUCUAAGGUUACGUAUAUAUUAAUGUGGGCUAUUUUCAGCCCUUUCCUGGGUAGCUUAUCAGAGAUACAGACAUAAUAUGGAAAGGGCAAACAAAGCAAGAGCAGUCCAUUAAUCAGUUGGUGUGUGUGUGCUGCUGUGUUGAAGCUACGAACCCAUAAGCUUGGCUCUCAUCACUUCCAGGCUUUUGGGAGGGUGGACAAUGAGCCUGUCAUGUCCCCGCGCGCUCUGGCAGCUUUUAUGGCUGUGAUAAGUUAUUUCUUCUUCUGGCGAACAGCUUCAGGAUAGUCCUUGUUGAGGAAGAUGUACAUUCCUCUCAAGUUCUUGGCUCUUUCCAGAACAGCUACCUUGUCCUUGAACCUCAGGAACUUGACCGCUAUCGGGCUGGUGGUAGGUUUUCCAGUCCUUUGGGCGCGCUCCACAUCAAUCAUCCUGUGGUCCAUCUUCAGUUUCUCCGAGAUCAUUUCCCUCACUUUGUCUCGUGAAGAUUCUGCAAUUACGUCCACAACCAUGUUCCGCCUUCAUUGUCCCUCGAGAUGAUCUGAUUUCGCCGUCAUUGUUAUCAUGGAUUCACAUACAGGACUGAUGUGCUCUCUUAAUGACUUACAGAUUGCUGUCAUCUUGCCGUUCUCCUGUUUAAAGUCAUCGAGCUGACCCUGGGAGAACUGCAAACGUCCAUUAUUGUAUUAGCUGACUCCACCAGUAUUUGGACGCAACAGUUGAAGCCAUUUUCUUGUUGUAACAACUGCUUGUAGAACUAUAUAUUUUUGUUCAUUUUAAAAGAUCCUUCACCUGUGAUAGACACCACUGUCCUCAACGCUACUCCCGCUGGCUUUGGUCAUUGUCAUUGUAGCAACGUAGGUUACGCUGUUACUCCUCGUAGUUCCAGACAGGCCAGGUUGCAGGAAGAUUGGAAACAACAAACAGCAGGGAUCUAGACAGCCACAAGCCCGGGACAAUCCACGGUCCCAGCCACAAUGGCUAACCGCGUCGCGGGCUGCGUUCAAGCCCUCAAGAAAACCCAGCUAGCUUGAUAGGCAGCUGCUACUCCAAACAGCUCGUCAGACCCGGCCUUGGUCAGCAAGAUCACAGGAUAGAUAGUAGCGGUCCCAGCAACUGAUGCCAACUGCGUCGCGGGAUCCAAACUCAAAAGUUAGUUAGCUAGUAACCAAACGUUUUCAAUACUUUCCAAACUUUCCAAAACAACAAACCGAGCUCUCCUUCAUUCCACCUUCAACAGGAAGUGACGUGUUGUGCAAUGCGUUCAAGAUGAUCGCUUUCACCUGGUUAGUCUAGGUCAUGGAAAGUGCAGGUGUUCUUUUAUAGGUCAGCUUCUGUUUUUCGGAAACUACUGAGUAGCCUGAGAAAGGUUAGGCGAACAUUAGACCAUAACCUUACUACUACAGUAAGUGUUCUUUGAACAAAGACUUUCAAUGUGACUGAAUCUAAAUGGAUCAGAUUUCUGUAAAUCACUGUGUUUCUCGUCAGGAAGGACUUUUAAUUUGAUAAUGUAAUGGAGAGGGUGAUUAAUAGUAAUGUCAUUAGCUGGCUCAAUCCCUCAGGCAGCUCUGGGCUGGCUGGCUCAGCAUGGAGCCUGAUGUCAGUGUGAACCUUUCAGUGUCUGACUACCAGGAACUCCUCUGUUCAUGUUUUGUUUCAUAACCUGAUAAUGUAAAGUCUGCUUAUGUGCAGAACACCCAGUCCAGUGUCCAUGGACAUAUUGGCAAAUCUGUACACACCAAUGCAUACAUUUAUGCUGAGCAUUAACAUUGGAUAAAAGGACAAUAAACAAUUAUUCUUUCACUAUUUAAUGGCACUAAAAAAAAAAACAAGUGAAACGAAAUCAGCCAGCCUGUGACAUGCAUUGAGUUCCCAGUUCUAGUAUUUGUAUUGGCAAAGAGCUGUGGCAUGUUGACCGCUACAGCCAAUUUUAGGUGGCAGGCCAGGCAGCAAGUCACAUGUGACUGAGACUCUGCAGGGCGAAGAGGGGAUGUGUGUUUUACACUACUGAAUCAGCUUGGUCCAAGAAAUGCAUGUUUCCCUUUCUAAAGGAUCUUGAAGGAUCUAAUCUCUACCCGACUCCAUGUUAGAGGUAUCUGUCUGGGCCUAGUAGUACUAGUCCUACUAGAUUUGUUUGAUAACUUGUGUUAUCCCUUGACCGUCAUAGUAACCGUGCAUAAGUUCACUAGAGGCCUAGUGUCAUUCCUGAGGUAUGUUUAACACAUGGUUUGUUCAGGGGUUUUAACACAGCAUUGUUGAGUGCAUAAUAACUACCUAGCGCGACAGUUGCUUAAUAGCUGUUCUACCUUUUCCACCCCUUUCCUGUGUGGAGGGGCUGCCUGCCUUCCUCUCAGAGGAAUGUGGGUGUGUCUGUCGUGUGUGUUUGACCUGCGGUGAGGGUUGAGAGCUGUGUAACACGCCUGACAACAGAUCACAACACCUCAGUGCUCUAUAGCUACGGUCUUUGUUUCAGGUUAUUGGGAAGUCUCUACAGGAUAAAUUGGUGUUUUAGGUUUUCACAGGGAGUGAAGGUGUGGACAGUUUGGUGUCUCAGGUUUGGUGUUUUUGUAUUUUUAUAUUAAGUAGCCUAAAUAUCUAUUUUAGUGUUGUCUGCUGAUGCUCUGUCCUUGUGAGUUGCAGAAAUCACCGUUCACUUUUGGUCGUGCAUGUAGUCUUAUCCCAAGGUUUCAAGGUGUUUAGCUGCUAGCUAGUGAAGGUGGUCUACUUAGCCUGAUGCUGGAGAUGGCUUUUAUUAGUGCUUUACCAUAUCAUGUUCUUUUGAGAACCAUAGAUAUAGAAUGAAAAUAGUUUUAUGGCUUCAGUAACUGGGUGAGGGUCUACUACUGAUUAUAGCCUAAGAUGCAUAUUGACUUGACUCACGUAUAGACCCCAACGGUCGUUACUCCCAAUAGAUCGAGACCUAUCCCUUUGGCUCUCACACAACAUGGCUGCUUUAUCAAAUACUGCAACUCUGCCCAGAGAGGAGGGUUUUUAGAAAAUGUUUUUAAACCACUCUCCCACACGCAAAUCAGCUUACAGCCAGCCAGAGUAAAUGCUAGACAGGGCUGGCGUUUGUUUUAAUCCCCUGCCUGGCCUCCAGGGAUGCAGCCUGGCCUCUCUGAGAGAAUGUCCUUGUAAGGAGAACAUAACCUUCAGUGAUGCCAUAAGCCCAUAGGGUAAACAACUGUAUUUUACAUAGAUAAAGUAGGGGCCCCAUUAAUGGGCUGCGAGUCCGAUGCAAGCCUGUUUGAAUGGAAGAUGAGUGUAGCAGAGCAGUUAUGUAGCCUACCUGAAUGAACCGUAACAGUUUAACCUUCAUCUUUUCGUGGGGGAGAUGCGGUUUAGGCUGGGUCAGCUAGUGCUGUCAGAUCCAUCCUGUCAGGUCCAGGGCUACCUGCUGCCCCUACUUAAGGAGUUCAGUCUGUGCCCCGAGGCAGCCAUUGUCACAUCGUCUGACACGUGA